AUGUAAAAGCAGAAGACGCAAACUUACAAAGAAUCUCACAACUUGGAGGAGAGGAAGAAACGAGUGUAGGAGCAACUAGCAAAAUAUCCUGAAAUGAUUCCCAUAAUUGUGGAAAAGAUCCCAGGUUGUAAAUUACCUUAAUUGUAAAAAGUGAAAUUCUUGGUGAACUCAAGUUUCUGCUUCAACGAAUUCAAAAAUACAAUCAAAAAGAAAUUGAACUUGGAUGAAAAGACUUCAACUCUAUUUAUGUAUUGCGGAAAAACCCUAAUGAAUGAACAUGAGAAACUCAAAAAAAUCUACGAUUAAUACAAGGAUCCAGAAGAUGGAUUCCUCUACUUGCAAUAUGCAGAUGCAGAAACCUUCGGUUUUUGA